AUGCCUAUCCGUCCUUUCGACGACUGGGUCAAUGGCCGCCGCCAGUCCCUCCCCCUCUCCGCUCUGAAGGGCGCAGUCGUCGGUAUCGAUGCGUCGCACUACAUUUCUCAGCACCUGACCAACCAGUCUACCCGCGAGGCUCUGCUAGGAGCUCUCGGUGGCUUCCCGUUCGCUCUGAAGAAUAACAUCGAGAAGGAGCUACAGACCUUCAAGAGUCUGGGUGUUGGAUAUAUUUUCGUCUUCAAUGGUCUUCAGUUCGGCAAGAAAGAGCACCGCACGAAUACCUCGCCGGCGUCAGUGCGCUCCUUUGAGCAAGCUUGGGACCUCUACGAUCAGCAACAAGCCGACCAGGUUGUCGAUGCCUUCAGCAAUGCCGCUCAUAGCUUCGCCCGGGCGCCUCAGCAAUUCUCGCCAGUUCUUGCUGACCAAAGCCAAAUCUCAGGGACCCCACCCCCAGAAACCCUCUACAAGUUCCUGCAGCGGAUCUUGAACCAGAACGGUGUCUCCUUUAUGGUGGCACCGUAUAGCGCAGCUGCUCAGCUUGCCUAUCUCCACCGUGGCGCCAACCCCGUUAUCGAUGCCAUUUAUGGACCCUCCGAGACCCUCAUGUUUGACAUUGACAAGCUUGUGACCAAGAUUGAGACCGAACCCGCGCAGUUCUUCUGGAUCAACAAACAGACCUGCCAAGAGGAGCUGGGACGAUUGUCGAAUGACCAGUUCCUCGACUUCUGCUUGCUUCUGGGCUCUCCGUUCCUGCGCCCUUGCCCUCUUUUUGAGAAUCCUGGUUUCCCUGGAAAACUUCCUGCCAUCCGCGAUGCGCUCCCCAUGUUCAACGCAGCCGGACGGAACGCCUUGACCUUGUGUGCCCAAUUCGAAGAUGACCGUCGCAUGCAAGAGUUCCAGUACACAGACCGCUACAAACGAGCAUGGAUGGUUGUGAAGCACCAUGUGUACAUGGAUAUUGAUGGCCGGGUUAGCCCUAUGCAUCCUGAGACUUCUUCCUCCGAUUUGCAUGAGCUUAUCGGCCAGCGCCUCCCCGAAGAGCUUUACUUUUAUCUGUCCAAGGGAAUCCUGGGUCCGGACGUACCAAAUAUCUUGACGUCUGGCGAGGUGCGCGUUGCCCUGCCGCUUGGCACAGAAGACACCGAGGUCUACCGUCAGCUCGUGGGCGACACCCUCAACCCGAUCCGCACACAGUCAAUCUGCCUGCUGGCAAACUGCCUCCACCGAUUCUACCAGACUAAAGUGAUUAAGAUUCAACCAUGGUUUGAUGACAACGCCGAGCGGUCAAUUAACCUGAAGAACCUCCCAUCGGUUAAGGAUACCAUCUCGUCCUGGAAAGUUUCCAGUGAGCAAUUCCCCGAGAAUGUCAAGAGCUUGGAUGCUUCUCGUGGGUCAAUUAAGUUUGCCAUUCAGAGCUUAAACAACUCGGACUUUGUGUCGAAGACAUUUGCUACCAAAGAGACACCUAUCCUGUCAGCGCAAGAGGACAUCUUGUCCAAUGUGCUCUGGCGAUUUUUGCAACUGCGCGGAUAUGUCGAUGAUAAGCACACGCUCACUGCUUGGGGCAAGUGUCUGGAGUCUGCACUUUCGGCUGUCGACCCUGCAGAUAACCUCGAAGAAGCUAUUUUCAUUGCUGUUGAAAUGCUCCGCAUGGAUCUUCUCAACACUAAGCACUGGUUCUCACACGUAUCUGGUGGACCGAUGAGGGGAUCAGAGGAGGACAAGACCUUCAACAUGCUGGUCUCCCGGGUGGCUUGUGUUGCUAAGCUGCAGCAUAAGGCAAUUGGGUACUCUGGACCCUUGAGCCGACAGCUGCUGUGCUACCGCUCCUUGGUUUCCGAGGUGCGAUCUGCAUUGCGGAAUCUGGUGGAGGUGGUGCUGGCUAGCAUGCUGCUUAGUGGAGAGGCCAACCGGGACCGUAAGGACUGGCCGGAGUUAGGAAUCAAGCUACCAUUUAUUGACGAUAAUGACUGCGGCCUCGGCAUUGCUGUACGCACCUACUUGGAUGACCUUCCUCUACAAGCAAACCCCACCUCACCCGAGGCUCGGGCAGAGGUCAAGUCGAAGGGCAAGGAGUGGUUCCAGCACAGCGAGAGCUUCACUGGAAAUCUGGACCUGGCAUUCAAGCUCUGGGAUGCGGUCUACAAGGGAACACAGCACGCAGGCAAGGAAGUCAAGGAUGCAAAGCUGUGGGACGACGCGAACAAGUGGUUGUCGGAGCGACGAUAA